AUGGUUGACCGUGCUCGACUUCAUGCCACCAACGCUUCAUUAAUUAUCAUGGGCGAUUUCAAUGACCUAGAAACCGAUGAGAUUGAAAGACAUACCUCGUUGUCUCAGAUAGUCAAGGAGCCUACUCGUGAAUCGGCUAUCCUGGACAAGAUUCUGACUGACCUUAAUGAGGACUUUUGUGAUCCUCAGAUUUCGACGCCAAUUGCUUCUAGCGAUCACAAUGUUGUUACCGUCCUGCCUUGUCUCCUGCCGCCUCCCAGGAAAUCCACCAGAACAUCCCAUCGCCCCUUUCGUGAAUCCUCUGUCAGGGCUUUCGGGCAAUGGGUACAGCAGAUGGACUGGUCUAUUAUUGGGGACUUUGAUGCUAAUGACAUGGCUUCAGAGUUCAAUGACCUAAUCAACACCAAGUUCAGACAAUAUUUUGAACUUGUUACUGUCAAACGAAGGUUAGAUGAUGAACCAUGGAUGAAUGAUGAGAUUCGCAGAACUUUAAACGGCCAUGUACAGAGAUUGAUCGAUAACGCGAAGGACUCAUUCUACCAGCGCAAAGUUGAACAUCUUAAGAAAUCGGAGCCUGGGAAGUGGCACCAGCAAAUCCGUCAUCUUGCUGGCAUCCGUAAGAAGCAGCUUAAUCUUUCAUCUGACGGCAGAUCAGAUAUUGACAUUGCUAAUGAGCUAAACACGCACUUCGCUGCCAUCUGCUCUUCAUUGCCACCACUCGACAGGGGUGCUCUGUCGGCUUUUCUACCAGCGCCCUCACCCCCUCCUGUGAUUGACCGUCGGAGGGUUUACAAGCGCCUCUGUGGAAUCAGCACUGCCAAGGCCUGUCAUCCCAAUGAUCCCCCUUCGCGACUGUUGAAGGAGUUCGCUUAUGAACUUUCUGAACCUUUGACCACUCUCUUCAAUCUUUGCCUCAGUCAGGGUUGCUUCCCUGACAUAUGGAAACAUGCAUCUAUCAGUGCUAUUCCCAAAACUAAUCCCGUCACCAGCUAUGAUCAGCUCCGGCCAAUCUCCAUAACACCCACGUUAGCGCGUAUCUUUGAAGGUUUCCUCGCUGACUGGAUCAUGAGCAGCAUCCGCCCGUUUGUUGACCACCGCCAGUUUGGUAAUCUUCGUGGAUCGUCAGUUACGCACUACUUGGUCAGCCUGCUCGACACCAUCCACAGAGGGCUUGACAAGGGUGGCACUCUCGCUAACCUCUGCGUUGUGGAUUUUUCUAAGGCUUUUGAUCAUGUCAACCACACCAUUGUUAUGAACAAGUUGAUCGACUUAGGUGUUGAUCACUCUAUCAUCCCUACUAUCUGCAGCUUCCUUUCCAACAGAGCGCAGACCGUCCGCUACCAUGGGAAAUCCUCUCAACAACAAGCCAUCACCUGUGGGGUACCCCAAGGUAUUCGCCUCGGACCAGUCCUAUUUCUGGUCCUUAUCAACGAUGCAGCUCUUGAAAGUGAUAACCGAUGGAAAUAUGUGGAUGACUUGACAAUCGUGGAGGUCUUGAAGAAAACGCAUCCAUCUGAAUUGCAGUCGCAACUAGACUCGUUGAUCCAAUGGUGCAAAGACAGCACCUGUUUGGACAUCAGGGAUCACAAACAACCACUCUGUAAGCAUCGAGCGAGUUCAGAGGAGAGCUCUUAG